UCUGCUGUGUGUGCAUGUGCGCGUGUGUAUGUGUGUGUGUUUCCUCAUGGCGCUCGGCGCUGCACACUCACUCCCCGGGACAUUUCGUCUCCUGCUCUGACACAUCUGAUCGUCUUUGUCCGUCACAAUGUGUCUCUCCGGCGGUUUUCUCGGUGCUCUCGGGAGGCUUCAGAGAUCAGCGGGCGGAGGAGAAGCGAAGCCGCUGAGAUAAGUGACUGUUGUCAUGGUGGGACCUCGUGGAAGUGUCAGAGUUGGGCUUUUCCGGAGCAUCAGCUGUUCACACAGAGCCAUGGAUCAGCACAGGAGUUCAGUGGUCUGAACACAGCCCAGUGAUCUUGGUGGGCCUGGGCAAACUUUCCUUUUCUGACCACCAUCAUCAUCUCACUGAGUGUCAAGAGCUCCAGAUACUUACACACACUCUCUCUCUCUCUUACACACACACACACACACACACACACACACACACACACACCACUCCAGGCUCUGAUUGAGCUGACCCAUCCCCAGUAAGAGAGCAGCACACACAGAGCAAACAUGACAGACAGAGUGAGCUUCAGCACACCCAAAGUCAACCCUCGGUCCGCAGCCACUCCUGUGCUGCCCCCUGAGCCCAUCGACAUCAUCCGCAUCAAGGCCCGCUCACGGCGGGUCAGACUUAAUGUCGGAGGUCUCACACAUGAAGUCCUGUGGAGAACGCUGGACCGGCUGCCCAGAACCCGCCUGGGACAGCUAAGGGACUGCAACACCCAUGAAUCACUGCUGGAGCUCUGUGAUGACUACAGCCUCACUGAGAACGAGUACUUCUUCGACCGGCAUCCGGUGGCCUUCUCCUCAAUCCUCAACUUCUACAGAACAGGAAAACUUCACAUGAUGGAGGAGAUGUGCGCACUGUCCUUCGGACAGGAGCUAGACUACUGGGGAAUUGACGAGAUCUACCUGGAGUCAUGCUGCCAGGCACGGUACCACCAGAAGAAGGAGCAGAUGAAUGAAGAGCUGAGGAGGGAGGCAGAGACACUGAGGGAGAACGAGGGUGAGCAGGAAGAGCAGGGCUGCUGCCCCGACAAGAGACAGAAGCUUUGGGACCUGCUGGAGAAACCCAGCUCAUCUGUGGCCGCAAAGAUCCUGGCUAUGAUCUCUAUCCUGUUCAUCAUUGUUUCCACUAUCUCAUUGUCUCUCAACACCCUGCCGGAGCUCCAGGUAGUAGAUGAAUUUGGCCAGUUCAAUGACAACCCCAGCCUAGCUCAUGUGGAAGCUGUCUGCAUUGCCUGGUUCACCAUGGAGUACAUCUUGCGCCUGCUCUCAGCACCAAACAAGUGGAACUUCAUCAAAGCACCAUUGAACAUUAUUGAUUUGCUGGCUAUCCUGCCUUACUAUGUGACCCUCUGCCUAACUGAGUCUAACAAGAGUGUGAUGCAGUUCCAAAAUGUGCGCCGCGUUGUCCAGAUCUUCCGAAUUAUGAGGAUCCUGAGGAUCCUGAAGUUGGCCAGGCAUUCAACUGGACUCCAGUCUCUGGGCUUCACUUUGCGAAGGAGCUAUAACGAGUUGGGUCUGCUGAUCCUCUUCUUAGCCAUGGGCAUUAUGAUCUUUUCUAGCUUGGUUUUCUUUGCUGAGAAGGAUGAGGAUGCCACCAAAUUCACCAGUAUCCCUGCCUCCUUCUGGUGGGCUACGAUUACUAUGACCACUGUUGGUUAUGGAGACAUUUACCCACAAACCCUCCUUGGAAAGAUUGUAGGAGGGCUCUGUUGCAUAGCAGGUGUGUUGGUUAUUGCCCUUCCAAUCCCAAUCAUUGUGAACAACUUCUCCGAGUUCUACAGAGAGCAGAAGAGACAAGAGAAGGCCAUCAAGAGGAGAGAAGCUCUCGAAAAAGCCAAACGGAGUGGAAGCAUUAUUUCUAUUAACCUAAAGGAUGCUUUUGCACGUAGUAUGGAGCUCACAGAUGUUUUGGUGGAAAAAAAAGAGGACAGUAAGUGUCCUGUGGACAAUCACCUGUCACCAAGCCGCUAUAGCUACCAGAAACACUACUGUAAUGCAGAGGUGGGUAGCCCGGGCAGGUCCCAACAUUAUCAGGAAGUGGCUCAGCUGGGAUCCCCUCAACGAGUCAAGCCUUCGCCUAACAAAACUACUCCUCAACACCUCAAUGCAAAGCGGCUAGAUGAUGGAGAGCAAAGAGAAAAAAAUAUCAAAGAGCAAAUGGAAAUGAAAAUACUGACCUCAGCCCAAGCCCGACAAACUUCACCUGAAGCCAACAUUGGAAAAAAAUCCUUUAAUGUGGUUGAUGAUUUUUUAGUGGAAAGAGGAGAAAGAAGCUCUCUGCUCCCCAGUACUGAAGGGGGUCAAAUUGGUCCUAGACACCAGUGUAUACCCCCUCCCUUGGAUCUAAGUCAGAUCAGCACCAUGGAGUUGAACAAAGGCCCUGACAACAUCCAGCAAAUGACCAUCAUCAAAGAGGGUUUAUAUGAGUUUGUGUCCAGUCCACGAAGUGGGACUAGGGACAUGGGUUUGGUGCCACAGAAUGUGGAAAGCUUUGGGGUGCCCUAUGACAGCAUUUGCAGCUCCUCGAGAGAUUAUAGCAGCCCUCAAAAGUCAAGAGCCAUCAAGGUUGACUUAAUUGGAUCCAAAGAUGACAUGCUAAUGGCAGUGAUGACACCUGUGACGACCCCAGUCUCCACUGCCUCAGCCAAGCUUGCUCAACUACUUUCUGAUGAUGUUGUUUCCAGGUUUUCUACAUCUCCAAGCUCUACAACACAGGAAGGGAAGUCUCCACUGGCGACCCUGCAGUCUGCUUCUCUGGCCCAGCAAUCUGUCAGUCCAAGCAACUCCCAGGGGGGAGGUGAGGACUCAGCAGCCAGGGGCUUAGAAGGUGAAGGUCAGCUCACGGGCUUAAGCCACCAAGGGAGGAAUCACAUGGAGAGAUCUGCUGUUGGCUCAGCCAGUAGUGCUAGCCCACUGUCGUCUAAAACCAGCCCACUCAACUUCACCCAGGAGCUAGUAACUAUGGAAGGAGGGGACGAAGCAGAAGGACAGGAGGGACCAGAACAGAGUGGAGAAAAACGAGAAAACCACAUUGUUCUGGAUGGAAGCUUGACACCACCGUGUGAAACAAGCAUGUGAGGCUAGACUUACAGAAAAGUUCACAGGCAGGGAAGCUAUAAAGGCAGAAGGAAAGAGUUGACGGGAUUAAUGACAGCAACUACCCAGAAAAAAAUAACAACUAUUACCUAAUUUGAACAAAGACACUUUCAUUAAAGGUGUUUUGUUUUUCUGGAGAAAUGUGCACAUCAUAUCCCAUGACAUUUUUGGGCUCUCAUCUCUUUUUUGACAAGCACUGCUGUCAGAAAACAGACAUCUCUGCAGUGUUCUCACAUGGCUUUAUUUCUGGACACUGAGGGAAAUCAAAACAUGUGCCCACUGUGUUACUGUUUGAAAGACACUGUCUCAUGCCAGUGUUAUUUACUUAUUCUCUGAAUACCAGACUGAUAUGCUGCAGAGAAAAACAGGGACAACUGAUUCAUCUUGUACGGCUCAGAUGUGAGCAUAAAUGAAGCCUUGUGUGAAUGAGAAUAUUUACGACUACCUUAAGGAGUUUGUGUCUACAGCUCAGUAGGUAUAAUUUACAGUUUCCUAUCACUUGCUAUUUAGGCCUAUUUUUUAUGAUGCACUAAUCGCACCAAGGAGGAAGGAGAAUAAUAUUUUUUACAAUUGCCUAAGCAACCUUUGAAAAUGAAUCUUUUACAAGACUUGAAAAAACAAACAGAAUCUGUUUUAGUGGUCUUGCUUACUCAUCAUUUUGUCAGACUAGGUAUUGCGUUCUUGCAAUGAAACCAGGCUCAAACACAAGCACAUGAUACAGGACUAAAAGUCCCACUCUUAUAACUAAAUUGGACAAAUAGUAUUGUAUAGUCCAAGAGGACAUAUGCAUCUGUAUCCUGAACACUGAUAUUUGUCAAUGUAACAGUGUAUAUUCUGUUUCAUGUUUAUCUCUGUAUUGUUUUAAAUUUUUGUCUCUCCUUUUUCUAUAACACCUGAAAUGAAAGCAGGGUCCUGAAGCUGAAAAGAGAAUAGAAAAGCUAUUGUAUUUACUGCUAGUUCACAAAUUAAAAAAACUAAAAAAUGAAAAAACUUAGGAUACAGCACUAUAUACUCAUAAGGAAGAAAGCGCAGUGGAUACGUUCACUGAUCAUUCAUAUGUGGGUCAUCACACAUUGCCUGUGUCCCCGCUCUGAGGCCCCUCCAUCAUUGUCAUGCAUUUCUAUACUGAAUAAGACAAUAAAAGGCUGAUUAGGAUUGACUGAUUCUAAAAGAGAUCAUUGUCAUUAAGACUAAGAUCAAGGAUAUUGCCCAGUUUACCAGUACUUGUCUUUGGCUGUUAUGUGCACACCGUUUUGCUGAGACUAUUUGCAAAAUUAAUUUUUAGUUUUACUUUCAUAUAAAGUGUUUUUUUAAUCAAAUAAUCUGGAUAAACUGCUGGCUUGUAUCUGAUCUGACUACAUUGUCUGGUCAUCUGACUAAAUAUAUUUCUUAUCUCAUAUGACACAUAUGUCACCAUGCUACCAGAAUGACUAUGCUGCAAAACUAACAUGACCAAGUGGUAAUCGACUAAUGAACCCUUACCCUUUGAGGGAGGAGCAGGUUCAAUGUACUGGCCCAUUGAAGGAGGUGGCCCCUGAAUUCAUGUGACUCCACACAUUUGUACUGUUCUACCCAGCACAUAUUUAUGCUAUAGGAUGACCGGAGAGGGAUGAAGAGAGGGAGUGUGGACUGUGUUGCAAAGGCAUCAUAACAGCACCCUCUACAGUCAUUCUCAAGGUACUUGAAUGAAAGGAUCCAGUGCCUCUGUAGCACUCUGUGUCAUCUUAUUUAAUGGAUAUCUUUUUUAUUAGAUCAUCUGUGCAUUUAUGUGAAUGCAUGCUGACACAUUCAAAUGCAUUUAGUUGUGCACACAAUGAAUUACUUGCACUCACAGGACAGAGUGGGUGUGCAGUCAUGGGAACAGUCUGUGACAGUAAAAGUAUACUUAUGCACUCUAGAUAAAGAUGUCAUAUUUUCUGUCAUCAAAAAAAUGAUUGCAUUUUAUAUUAUUGCAAGAGGAACUUGGAUCAUCUCAGUAUAUUUUAAAAAAUGGUGCCUUUUCAUAAAUAGAUAAUUUAUGAGAAGGUGAAAAAAAACUGUAUCCUUAAUAUGGACAUAUUUUUUUGUUUUUUGUUAUAUUUUUGUUUGUUUUAUUGAAUGUUUUUGUUUUCUGUUCUUCUUUUCUCUCUUGUUUAUCUCUGUUUAGUGAAUAUGUCAAUAUGCAAAUCCCCAGGUUUUGCAUACCUUUACUUUUGUGUUGUUCUCCAAUUAACUUCAAUGUCAGUCAUCUAGUUUUCAUGCAACAUAACAGUUCUAACCUCACUGUGCCACAAUGACUUUUUUUUUUCAGCAAAUGCAACUUUUGUGGAAGGCAGUGGCUUCAGUUAGUUCAGCUUGGAUCACUUUGAUGCUUCAGCAGUAUACUGUAUAUUUCAGCUGCAGCACUAUGCUAAAUGGACAGUGACAUUCAAAGAAAGAUGCCACAGCAUGUGAUGAGCAGUCGACAUCAACUUCUGCACAGUAGUUUUAGAGAUGCAGUGUUUGUGAGUGCCACUUUCUAACUGUAUUCACUGUUAGGUCAGUCAAGGCUGUUGAUUGGAUAAGAGUGCUGUGCUGCGAAGAGCAUAAUCUCACUGGAAAUCCCUCCCUAUUGAAUAAUAAUAAUAAAUAAACAUAAUUAUACCUGCUUGAUAUCUAAAGGAGCAGACCAUGUGGGCUCAUAAUAUACCAUGACAAACACUCAUUUACUCAUAACCAGUAAAAUGAACCUAAGCUGAACCAAAAUAACCUAAACCUGAAACCUGAUUUAAAGUAUGUGAAGUUCAAAUAGAGUAAAUGCUGUACAUUGCGGGUUCGCCUCUGUCCACAUGUGGAAGGAAUGUUCUGCUCCAGAACAGCACAGCUCUUGGAUCAGAUGAAGGACCAUGGACAUUGUUUUGGCUCUCCUAUGCAUCUCAUCUCCACACAACCACCAGGAAAAUGUCACACAAUCUCCAUUUUGUAUUUGUUGUUGUAACAGUUUCUUCAUCUCUCCUCUCCUCUCCUCUCCUUAUUUUAUCGAUUCUUUAUUGUUGCACUCUUCCAACCUCAUCUCCUUUGUUUAACAGUAAGCUGUGUGAUGAUUAUUCAGUUUCAUUAUUUGUAAGUCAGCAUUAUGAUAGUGAAUAAUAGGGACUUUUGAUUC